GUGCAAGGUGCGCUGUCUCGCUCUGUCCAUUUCUAUCUUCCUCCCAACUCGUAGAAACGUCGGGGGUCAGCACGGAGAAAAAAAGAAACUAAGAGUUUGUUCUUCCUUUCUUCCUCACCAAAUAAAAGUUGUCUUUGUAUUUCCCUUUUUUUUUACAUCAAACAAAUUAUUCUCUCUCCUACCAUCUCAGCAGUCAGAUCUGACCUUCCUCAGCGAUUUCAUCAGCGCUGAGAUUCAGCUGGGUCUUGAUCUGCUGCUUUGGUAUUUCCUCUCCAUUUUUCUUAUGUCCCAUUUUCUCCUAAUUUACAUUUGAUUUUGCUGGGUACUGUUCCAGAAUUCGAGUUCUGUAUCUACUGAAGACAAGAGAGUUAGAGCAUGUCAAUGAAGAAGGCCUUUGACCAAACCAUUCGAGACUUAAAGAGGGAGGUCAACAAGAAAGUUCUUAAAGUUCCUUCGGUAGAGCAGAAGGUUCUUGAUGCUACUAGCAAUGAGCCUUGGGGUCCUCAUGGAUCACUUCUUGCAGACGUAGCACAAGCUACAAGAAAUUAUCAUGAAUACCAAAUGAUCAUGGCAAUAUUAUGGAAGAGGUUAAAUGAUACUGGCAAGAAUUGGCGACAUGUUUACAAGGCUUUGACAGUUUUGGAGUACUUGGUGGCACAUGGGUCUGAACGUGUUAUAGAUGAAAUAAAAGAACAUGCUUACCAAAUAUCUACGUUGUCCGAUUUUCAAUAUAUAGACUCCAGUGGGAGGGAUCAAGGAAACAAUGUGCGAAGGAAAUCUCAGAGCCUUGUGGUUUUGGUGAAUGACAAAGAAAGGAUACAAGAAGUUCGGCAAAAGGCUGCUUCUAAUAGGGAUAAGUUUCGCAGCACAUCUGGUGGAAUGUAUCGACCUGGUUCACACUCAGGUUCAGGAGGUUAUGGUGAUGAUCGGUAUGAAGGCCAUGAUGAACGGAAUGGUUAUGGAAGGGAAAAAGAAUGGGGAUAUAGAGAUGAUGAGAAGUAUGGGCGGUAUGGGGACUCAUAUAAUAGAGAGGGAGAUCGAUAUGGGAGAGAUUCUGAGGAACAUUAUGGAAGAGAUAGGUAUGGGGAUGAUGACUCUAGAGGAAGAGCUCAAAGUGUUGAUGAUUAUCAAUAUGGAUCAAGGAGUAGGAGUUCUGACAGAGAUGGAGAUCGUGCUUAUGAUGAUGAUGACCGUCAUUCAGCUCGAGGAAGUAAUGCUAAAGUAGAAGAUCACUCUGAUGGAAGGCCAAUUGAACGUAAGUUUUCUGAACAAAAUCUUGGUGCUCCUCCAAGCUAUGAAGAAGCUGUUGGCGUUUCUGGAACCCCUACUUACAGUGACAGGGAUGGAGAAAUGCCACCUACUUUAGCUCUGCAGUCGUCUUCUCCCCCUGUAAAUGCUGCUCCUCAGUCAUCAUCCCCCAUUUCUAAUGCUGCUCCUCAAUCAUCAUCCCCCCCUAAUAGUGUUAAUCCAAGUCAAACAACUGCUGAGUAUGGUGCUCCAUCGCAUCCAAAUAUGGUAACUGAUGGUUUUGAUGAAUUCGACCCGCGUGGCUCUGUUCCAGCUCCAGCAAGAACAUCGAACACUGCCGAAUUGGACCUGCUUGGUUCUCUUUCAGAUGCAUUUUCACCCAGCCCGUUAGCUAUCAUGCCAGCUCCAUCUGACUCUUCAGACAUCCAACCUGAUUCUGGGAAGACUGCUUCCAAUCCGUCAUUUACUGUAGCAUCGGGAAGUAAUGGUUUUAACCAGUCUUUUGAAGAUCCAUUUGGUGAUUCACCUUUCAAGGCCUUCCCGUCAGACGAGGCACCAACUCAAUACCAUAAUGUUUCCUCUCCAUCGUCUUUUCAGCCUGUUGUGAAUCGUUCAGAGCAUUCACUAACUGUAGCUCCGAAGGGAGAGGUUCCUAAUUCAGAGAUUUCAGGCACUCUUCCAGGCUCAACUUUCAACCCAGCUACUGCUUCUGACUUCCAAGCUUCUUCGAAUCUGCAAUAUCUGCCUCAGGAGCCGCAAAUGAUGCAGGACAAUGAUAUACUUGCUGGCAUUUUACCUCCUUCUGGACCUUUUUCCUCAUUGGUCUCACAUGCAUCAGGCAUUCCUCCUGCCACUGCUCCACAAACUGCUUUUCCUCCAUCUGUGCACACUUCAGCAGGCAUUGGUUUCAUGACCCAAGCAGGACCGACAGCAGCAUCAUUUUCCCAAAGUCCUUCUCAGAACAUGGAUGUGACAUCCAACCAGCAUAAUUUGCUUCCCUAUUCUGCUCCAUCCAAUGCUUUCAAUUCAAAUUUCGCACCGCAGGCACCAGCUGGAGGUUCAAGUCAUCAAAAUAAUGAUUUCAUGGGUGGUUUCCUCCAACAACCUGGUGCAACCAUUCCCACAUCUUUACAAUUAGCUUCCUCAAGUUCUACUAGUUCACUUGCUCUUGUUCCACAUCAACCUGCUGAGGUGAAGUUUGAGCCUAAGUCAGCUGUUUGGGCUGAUACAUUGAGCAGAGGUUUAGUUAACCUGAACAUCUCUGGACCUAAAGCUAAUCCACUAUCAGAUAUAGGUAUUGAUUUUCAAUCCCUAAAUCGCAAGGAAAAGAGGAUGGAGAAACCUAGUGCAACUCCAACUACUUCCAAUGUCGCCAUGGGAAAGGCCAUGGGAUCUGGUUCUGGAAUGGGUCGUGCUGGUGCGUCGAGGGCUCCACCAAACGCAAUGAUGGGUUCUGGCAUGGGCACGGGCAUGGGCAUGGGUAUGGGUGGUGGACCUGGUGUUGGAAUGGGGAUGGGAGGUUAUGGGUCGAUGAAUCAACAACAAAUGGGCAUGGGAAUAGGUGUGGGACAGGGCAUGAAUAUGGGUAUGGGCCAAGGAGUAAUGAUGCAGCCUUCAAACGGUAUAGCCCCUGGUUCAAACAUGAAUAAUUAUAAUCUCAUGAUGGGAAGAGGUGGCUAUCCCCAACAACCAUAUGGUGGUGCAUAUCGAUGAAUGUGGUCUUCCUUCUGUACAUCUUCAGAGUUGGAGUGAUUGGGAAUUUUGUUGAUCUGUGUAGUACUUGUUCCUGUCAUGUUGUACGCGCUUCUUUAGCUGGUGAACAAGAGUACACACGAGAACCCCUAUCGUUAUACGGGAUUUCUCUAUUUCAUUAGUGCUGAUUUAUAUAUCUCACUGUUUGAUGCUGGCAAUGUACUCUAUUUCCCGUGAUGGCAUUAAAGAUCCACCUUGUUAUAUAUCAGAAGACAAAGAAACCAGAGAAGUUCAAAGUUCUGUUUGAUUGAGUUUUGUUUUUCUAUUUUUUGUAUGGCGAGAGUUAGCCUCCCUCAGGCUUCUUAUAUAUUUGUUAUAUUCUUGGAUCACAGAGAAUUGAGAUGUGAUUUGAUCGGUUCAGACAACAAGUAUUAAUUUGAUGAUAAUAUCCCUGCCA